UUCCUAACGCAACCCUCCCCAUUUAUCCGGGCUUGGGACCGGCACUAAGAGUGCACUUGCUUGUGCAAAACUAAUGGCUGGGGUUGGUUUCCUGACCGGGAAUCAAACCUGGGCUGCAGCGGUUUGCAGCGAGGAUGUGCAACUAGAUUUUGAGGGGAUUUCUGCUCAUUCAGCCACAAGUAUGUUAGUAAAGUCAGGUAGGUACAUCAGGUACUGAUGAUUUCUGGGGUGCAGUCAGCAUUCCAAUUCAUCCCAAAGGCGUUCAAUAGAAUUGUGACGCAGGAACAGGUUUGGGUCUCCUUGUUCAAGUGAUGAGAAAGUUUCAUACUAUCACCGCUAAAGACAAUCCUAUACAAUUGUGUCCAUCCAACUUUUUGGGGAAGAACCACGCAUAGCUGGAAAAGUUAGGUGUCUGAAUACAUUUGUCCAUAUAGUGUAUGUUGAUAGCAAACAUCAUGUUCCCUAGUACUACUUUGUUCUAUGAGUGCUAGAUCUCAACUGCAGUAUUCAUUGCUCUGCUGAUAAAAACAUAGAAGGUCCUGGUUUCUAAUUGGAGUCUAUUGGGAAGACCUCAUUAUCCCCUACUGAGUCCCGGUUCUUAGCCUUGUAGCUAAGCUGCUGUUUGCCUCUUCUUACAGCAGACUUAUUAAAAAUGAACCAAAUAAUACUGACUGGAUAAAAAUGACUGUUGGAUUAUUUUAAGUGCUUCUUUUUUUUUUUUUUUUAACAAAAAAGGUUCUCAUUAAUUUUGAAUGGCCAAUUUCCAGUUUCUCUUUAGAUCUUAUUAGACAGACAGUUUUUUCCACUGUAAGAAUGAAGUACAUUGAUUAUAUUUGGCAGUAAUAAGCAAAAUUUAUCAUUUUACAUAUAAAAAAUACACACACGCGAUAAAAUGAUUUUCGGCUGAUGCAUACAUGUCCUUGUGGAUUGUUUCGCUUUCCUGAAAUUUGAUCAGUAAUCAGCACAGUAAUGAUCAUAAUUUACAUUGUUCACAGUUUAGGGUUUAAGGAUGCUGUUCAUGUGCUGCACUUUGCAAGCUGAUCACAGGAAGAGCUUACUUGUGACUGUUCCAAAUAGCUGCUUGUUAUGAAAGUUUUAUAAUGGUUGCUUUGGAAACGACCGCAAGAAUUAUGCACACCAUGCAGCUCCUCAUCAGCGUGUGGAUAACAAGAUGAUCUUGGUUUUGUUUGUUAAAGGGAUGUUUUUGUAUGUGUUUAACCUGGUAUUUGUACCCAAUAGAAACAGGACCUGGUUAAAAGGUGGUUAUGGUUCCCGGUAAACGAGUUAAUGGGGAAUAGAAGCAAGUAAGAGUGACAGCUGGUUUUCUUUUAUUUCAAAUGUUAAUAUGGUUGGAAAAGUGGCCAAAGGUUUACAAAAGAGUAUAUACUAUGUGGUCACUCUCAGUCUGUAAUGUGGAGAACUACACAGUAGCAUUCCAUAGAUUAUAAAGCUCUGACCUCAACUCGCUUUGAGAUGAAUGUGAAUUCUGACUGCACCCCAGACCUCCUUACCUAAUAUUUACUAAUUUACUAACACCCUGGCUAAAUGAAAUCUCUCAAAUCUCCACAAGCUCACUUCAACAUGUAGUGGAUCAUCUUCCCACAAGAGUGGAUGGUAUUAUUAUAGCAAAUUGGGACUAAAGGUGGUAAUAGAUGUUCGAAAAACACAUACCAAUGUUAUGUCACACUUUUAACCUGAAGUGCGUGUGGAUAUUGUAUAUAUCUGCAAUUCUCUGUUAUGUAUAUGUAAAUAUCUGUUUGGCCAGAGAAAGCAGGCGUCUGUGAGAAGGUUUGAUCUUUAAAUUGUUUUUAUACAGUAGGCUGUGUGUAUCAGGCAUUUUGUAAAUAGUGCCAUCAUGUAUGAGAGAAACUUUUUUUUUUUUUAUAUAUAUAUAAACCACUUGCUCAUUUUGCUCCACCUCUAUAGCCACACACACACACACACACACACACACACAGGCACACACAUUUCCCUCCCCCACUUCUUCACAGUGUAUGCACACUGCAAAGACAUUUAACUCUUGGCCACCUGCCUGCCUUCAUGUCAGCCUGUUUCCCAUUUGGCGGUGGAGUGUUUCUCUUUCCUUUUCAUGGUGGGGGUGGGUGCAGGAAGCCUUCAUCUGAUAUUCAUUAUUACAGUAUUACUCUUUUUUUUUUCCUUCUUCUUUUUUACACAAAACGGGUUGUUUUAAACACCCUAGUGUGGUAGCAGUAAGAGAGAGAGAGAGAGACUUUGUGUGUGUGUUCAAUUUCACACGUCCAUAUGUGCAGCUUAUGCACAGACGCCGUCCUGCUUUUUGUCUUGGUGUUGCUAUUGAGCGAGAUUUAGACCUGCGAAUGUGCUGUGCUAAGCCGAAAUGGUCUUCUAGAUUUUGUGUGACCAUUCACAAGCAUAAACUGAGCCCUGAGCACUGAACAAUGACAGGAAAAGAAAUCUCCGUUUCGCUCUGCUACGUCUUCCACUCCUGUGCGAGUGGAAAAAAGCACUGCCCCCCUGUUUUACCCUUCACCCGGGGUGCACUCCCUGCACGCAAGCACAAGCACAAGUGCGAGUCUGCUCUCGGCUUCAGCAGCGUCGAGAUAUAAAAAUAAGGCUGGAUCCUCUCAGAGCAGUGUGGGAUGAACAGGGCGGUCGCUUGCAUGCUGUGCCCCAGUUUCUUGGCAGCGGUUCAAGAGUGAGCCUUCGAAAGACGUAUUGUAGGAGACAUAUUGGAUCAGGAAUGCCUGACAUUCUGCACACAACCUAAAGUCCAUGGGACGAUGGUCGGGAGGCUCCUCUCUUCAGACCUGCCCUUGCAGAGUGGCCAUUCAGCACAUUAUGAGAGUCCCCACUGGGGACAUACACCCAGUGCUUCUAUAGGCACAACCACUAAUAGUGGCUGGGAUCAACUGAUUAUAGACAAAAGCGAUACAGAGGAGUGGCCUUCUAUUUCUCGCAGCGAAAGCCACAUCCCUACAGGAUGUCCAUCAGAUACUGAAAUUGUCAACAGCAGCAACACAGACAGCAUGAGCAUGGCCACAGGGGGCAGCCAACAAGGACACUUUCCCACAAAUCAUCCCAGUAAAGCCAGUAACAGCCACUCAGGAUGCAUUCUCUCCAGCCAGAGUGGGGCCAGUAGAGGCUGGGGCUCUGGCCCAUCUCUUGCUGUUGCUGGAGAAGGAAAGAGUGACAACAGCAGUGCAUCAAUGGGGGCCAGGACCUGGGGCUCCUCUAACUUUAACUUGAAUUUGAAUCCCAAUGCCAACCCCUCUGCCUGGCCAGUUCUGGGACAUGAGGGGGUGGGCGUGGGUGGCAGCUCUGGAGUAUCCAACCAAGCUUCUUCUAAUAUUUGCAGCCCACCAGGUGCUCCAUCCUCUGGACCCAGCAGUAGUGGCAGUUUAAUUGGGGGCAAUGGAAAUCCUGCUGGAAACUCUGGUAAUGGUAAUAGCACCACCGCCUGGGGUGGUAUGGUGUCUAAUGAUACCUCUGAGCCACACUCCUCUCCUUCCACGAAUGUGUCUUUUAGCUCUGAACCUCAGAACCUUAACACUGAAGGACCAAAUCACACUAAGCAAGAGCCCAUUAUCCCUGCCAACAGUCGGCCUAACUGGGGUGUCACCCCUGUUGGCAUGGGCUCUUUUGUCCAGUCUCCAACAGGAAACUCACAAGUCAAUGGGGAGGAGGGGUCCGUUUGGGGUAAUGGAGAUGCCAAGACUGCCAAUAGCUCCAAGGAUUCAGGAAGUGGAUGGGGUCAAGGAGUAGGCUCAGGCACCCCUGGAUGGGGACAAGCCUCAUCUAAUGGGGACUGGGGUAAACAUUCCAGUGAACCUAAAGGGUGGGAGUCUGCAGGAUCUCCCACUCAAGAGCAGCCACCCAGUUCUUGGGGCAGUGGGCCUAAAGCUCCAGCUAGCGAGGGAAGCAGUGACAGCAUGGAUGGUCAUUCUCACAGGAGGGAACACUCAAGAGACAUGGCCCCACCUCUCCUGCCUGCCCAGGACAUGGACCCAAGAGUUUUGUGCAACACAGGAUGGGGACAGACCCCUGUGCGUCAGCACACAGCUUGGGAGACUGAAGAAGCUGCACGCUUAAAUCACAAGAAUGAUGUUGGUACUGAAGCCUGGGGCUCAUCUUCUAAAGCACCUCAUAUGGCACAUCCACCAUCUCAUGGUAGUGCCAAUCCAAGUUCUGGACCAGACUCUGGGGGCAAGAGUGAUGCACAUCGCCCCACUGCAGGAAAUACUUCCGGCUGGGGAUCGUCCCCAAGUCAGCCAUGCUCUGGAUGGGGAGAUAACACCAAGAAACCCCCUAUUGGUCCAGGGGGUUGGGGCAACCCACCACAAGGAGGCCAUAGUGGUAGCUUACAAAAAAGUGGCCAGUCCUGGGUCUCUGAAGAUAAGUCUCCUACAUGGGAGGACUCCCAUGCAAAGGCAAAACCUCAGGGUUGGGGAGAGGGCCCCAAGCCAUCCCAUGGUUGGGGCUCUGACCCAGGAGGGGACAGUGGAACUGGUGAUGAGUGGGGUGACUCUGGAGAGGGAAAAAAGAAUGGACCGUCCACCUCUUCUUGGGAGGGAGAUGGAACCGGAUGGAAAGAAAGCUCUCGUGGUUGGGGAAAACCACCCACAGGUGGUGGCUGGGGAGAUUCACAGCGUUCCAAUGCCUCAACACAGGGUUGGAGCAACAAGUCUCAGGAGGGUGGCAAUGGCAGUAGUGCGGGUGGUGGCAUGGGUUCAUGGGGAGGUUCAGGCUCUAUAAAACAGACUGGUUCUGGUUGGGGAGGAAGCAAUGGGGGAGGUGUAAAACAUAAUCAUGCUGCAGAGCCCACAGGAUGGGAAGAGCCUUCCCCUCCCUCCAUCCGACGCAAGAUGGAAAUUGAUGAUGGUACCUCAGCUUGGGGUGAUCCAAGCAGUUAUAAGAAGACAGUAAACCUCUGGGACAGGAACAAUCCUGGAAUGCAGAAUAAAACAGGCUCUGGAAAUGCCAACAAUCCCCCCAACAACCAUCACCACCAUACCCACCAUAGUCAGCCUCCAUUGCAGGGCCAUGGUCAUGGAGGUCCAGUUGCAGCCAACAACCAUAUCACUCCUGACAAUUCAAGCCAGCAUCAAGCUGUGGUUCCCCAUAGCAGAGCACCCCUGAUGACCACAGGAUGGGGAGAAAUGCCUAAUGUCCACUCCAAACCUGAGCCCUCAUGGGGAGAACCGGUGGCCCCUCCAGCAAGUGUGGACAAUGGCACGUCAGCAUGGGGCAAACCCACUGGGGGCUGGGGUGAGAGUAGCCCCGAAGGCUAUGGCCGGACUGGAGGCCCACCAGGAUCUGCCCCCUGCAAGCCAGCCUCUAAAUCUAUGCAAGAUGGCUGGGGAGGUGGAGAGGACAUGGGCCUGUCGACAGGGCAGUGGGAGCAGGAUGAGGGUGACAUGUGGAACAGCACAGCCUCUCAGGAGAGCAGCUCAUCCUGCAGCUCAUGGGGCAACCAGCCGAAAAAAGUUUCACAAAAGGUCUUACAGGCGAAGGUUCCUAACAAACAAGACGAUGCCUGGAUCAUGACCCGUCUGAUUAAGCAGCUGACAGAUAUGGGUUUCCCUAGAGACCCUGCAGAGGAGGCUUUAAAGAGCAACAAUAUGAACCUGGACCAGGCCAUGAGCGCCCUGUUAGAAAAGAAGACUGAAUUAGAUAAGCGAGGGUUGGGAAUCUCUGACUACAGUAAUGGCCUCGUCAACAAGCCAAUGAGCUGCAGGCCAUCAAUCAUCUCCAAAGACUCCUCCUCAGACCGUCCUACCUUCCUGGACAAGGACGCAGGACUAGCGGACGAUGCCCAAACUUCACCAUUUAUGCCUUCUCCCAGCCUGAAGCUCCCGUUGGCUAGUGCUGCCCUCCCUGGCCAGAGUCUUGGGGUCACAAUGCAAAACUUGAACAACAGACAGAUGCAGAGUGGCAUGUUUGGCAGUAGUGGAACAGCACAAACCCGGGCUCUGCAGCAGCCUCCUCCUCAGCCAGCAGUGCCACCUCUCAGCUCCUCCCAGCCUAGUCUACGUGCUCAAGUGCCUCAGUUUCUCUCCCCUCAGGUUCAAGCACAGCUCUUACAGUUCGCAGCAAAAAACAUUGGUCUCAACCCUGCACUUUUAACCUCACCAAUAAACCCUCAGCAUAUGACCCUGUUGAACCAACUCUACCAUCUGCAACUGGCAUACCAGCGUUUACAAAUUCAACAGCAGAUGUUGCAGGCACAGCGUAAUGUUUCUGGCCCGAUCAGACAACAGGAGCAGCAAGUUGCACGUACAAUCAAUAACAUGCAGCAGCAGAUCCAGCAGCACCAGCGGCAGCUGGCCCAGGUUUUGCUGGUGAAGCAGCAGCAGCAGCAGCAGCCUCCUCCCUCUCAUCCCAGCCUGCAUCCAAGCACAGGCAAAUCAGCACUGGACGCAUUUUCUUCACACCAACAGGCAUCAGGCCUCUCUGUCUCUGACCUGCCGACCAAAGAGCCGCAGUCGUCUCCCAACUCCUUCUCCUCUUAUACUCUCUCUGGAUUGAAUCCCAACAUGAAUGUAAACUGCAUGGAAGUGGGAGGUCUGUCCAUGAAGGACUCUCCUCAGCCUCAGUCGCGCCUGUCACAGUGGACGCACCCCAACUCCAUGGAGAAUCUCACUGGCAGCUCCUCAUCUAUGGAACCUGGCCUCAGCAAGCAUGUUCCAAACCUUGGUGCUCCAGGUAAACCCACUCUGGACGACUCCUACAACCCGUAUAACCUGAUGCAGGCCUCUGACUCUUCUGCCAGUACACUGGUGACUCCAGACAGCUGGGGCCAGAGCAAGAACGCCAACGACAAGAUGUCCAACGGGACCAACAUCAACUGGCCACCAGAAUUCUGCCCAGGAGUGCCCUGGAAAGGACUACAGAAUAUUGAUCCUGAGACUGACCCUAAUGUGACCCCAGGAAGUGUUCCCAGUGGCCCCACUAUCAACACCAACAUUCAGGAUGUAAAUCGCUACCUGCUCAGAGACAGGAGUGGAGGCAAGCUAUCAGACAUGAAAUCCACUUGGUCGCCUGGGCCCAUCUCACACACGCAGGCCUCACUGUCCCAUGAGCUGUGGAAGGUGCCUCAGGGACCGAGGAACACUACAGCCCCUACCCGUCCUCCACCUGGCCUGACCAAUACAAAGCCCUCCUCCACCUGGGGGGGCAACAGCUUAGGCUUGGUGCCUGGCUGGAGCAGCUCAUACUCCUCAGGUACAACAUGGAGUACAGACAGCUCCAACAGAACCAGCAGCUGGCUAGUUCUAAGGAACCUCACACCCCAGAUUGACGGCUCUACUCUGCGGACGCUGUGCAUGCAGCAUGGCCCCUUAAUCACAUUCCACCUCAACCUGACACAGGGCAACGCCGUGGUGCGCUACAGCUCCAAGGACGAGGCUGGCAAAGCCCAGAAGUCCCUGCACAUGUGUGUUCUCGGCAACACCACCAUACUUGCAGAAUUUGCUGGAGAGGAGGAGGUGAACCGCUUCUUUGCACAGGGUCAAUCCCUCACACCCACCACCAGCUGGCAGGCCAACCCAGGCACCAAUCAGACUCGGCUUGGGGGUGGAGCGUCUGUCACGUCGCACCCCAUUGGCCACUGGAACACCGCCAGCCUGGGAGGAGGCGGCGCUGUCAGCGCACCUAAAGGGGGCAACGAGCUGCUAUGGGGUGGUGUGCAGCAGUACUCCAGCCUUUGGGGGCCACCCAGUACGGAAGAGGGCCGAGUGGUAGGCAGCCCAACCCCUAUCAACACGCUGCUUCCCGGAGACCUGCUGAGUGGAGAGUCCAUGUGAUGGAGUCGACUCAGGAGGAGAAUUAUGAAUAUGAAAAAAAAAAAUGAACAUGAAACACAAAAAAAGAAUUAAAAACAUAAAUAAAAACUUGAAGAAAUAUAAUUACGCAGGAGCAAAAACCAAGCAGAAUCAUGUGGUGAUAAUCAGCAUAAUUGGAACUGUGAACCAAGAGACAGGAGGCUGAAGAUACACUUGUAGAGGCUGCUGACCUUCUUCCUCUUCUCCUCCUUUUUAUUUUGCAUCAUUUCAGUGGAUUUUUGUGUUUUAUUUUUUUGUUUUUUUUGUUAGUUUUUUUCCUGUGAGGCUUUGGUUACAGUAUUUUCUAAGACUUUUGGAAAAGCGCAAGUGAUUCAACUAAAAGGAAAUUGAACCUUUAAUUACGAACUUUCUCUUAAUAACUGAAAACUGUGUAUUUUACUACAACUGAUCAGACAAGCUGCCAUUUUUAAAUGUCCCCCUGGCACAAGCCCCUCAUCGCCCCGGAUACACCGUACGAGCCUUCCUCCCUACUCCCCCAAAGAAAUGCAUCAUUCCUUUCAGCCCUUCCCUUUAGACUGUAUACAUUGCUUGUGUGUGUGUGUGUGUGUGUGUGUGUGUGUGUGUGUGUGUGUGUGUGUGUGUGUGUGUGUGUUUGUGUGUGUGUGUGUGUGUGUGUUCACCUGUUAACCUGGCGGGUUCGUUUAACAGCACUAAACUAGCCUUAACUGCUUACCAGCCCAUCUCCCACACACUCACUCUGGGCUUACAGAAGAGAUGGAUCCAAGAAUUGCACAUUUUUUUCCUCACUUUUGAGCCAGCAGAGAAGAAAAUAAAUUCCAUUCUUGACUUAGCACACAGGUCACAGCACACAUCUGCUUUUUUCCUCCAGACCUCAGCCAUCACCCUUGUCUGUCUGCAUCACUAUUAAAGGGACAGACGUGCGGCUGGUGCUUACUCAUCUGCAGGACAGGCUGAGCAAAUAGUUGCCAGCGUAAUGUGUGUGCGCGCGUGUGUAUGUGUGCUGCAUUUAACCACUGUCUUCAAAACUUUAACAAAACACUCGGAAACACACCACGUACACGUCCUUCUCUUCUGCGCCAUGAAUGACCUCAAGUUAUUUGUGACCCAGUGGGGAAGAAAAAAAAAAAAAACCCGAAAUUGUUUGUCGGACGUGCAAUAUGCCACAGACUCUUCCGUCCAUCGUUAUACAGAUCUUAUGCUGGUGAAGUUUUCUUUUCUAAAUCGGAGGUGAGGGGUUACAACAAAGACAUCGCCGGCAUCAUCGUCGUCCCUCAUCCACCAAGUGCGGGGACAAAGAGAAAGACUUUCUCAUGGUGUGUGAGCCUGUAGUGAAGACGAUCACUAGCACUUCCUUAAAAAAAAAACAAAAAAGACACAAAGUGACCAUAGCAGGAUGCGGGCUUCAAACCAAAUAAGUGUUUCUUGUAAAACCCAGUAGACAAGGUGCAUUUUAUGUUGUAUUUGGUACAAAUGAACAGAACAAAAUGGGCUGAUUUGGGGAAUUAAAAAAAAUAAGGGUGGUUUAUCAUAGCACUUACCAAGAGCAUCGAGCUCCAACUUCAAUGCCAACAAAUCACACAUGGAAAGCUGGAACUGAAAAACGCAAAGUAAAAGCAAUCUACAUAGCUUUUCCAUGCUUUUUUUUUUUUUUUUUUUUGGGAAAACUCUAAACGGAUUUUUUUCCUUAUGUCCCUCCCUUGGAUGGACCUCAAAUGGUAGCAAAUGAAGGGUAGUUUAACAAGAGAAAAAAAAGAAACAAACCAUGCAAAACUGAAAACUGAUUCUGAAGCAUUCUUGUGUUUAUAUAUAUAUAUAUAUAUAUAUAUAUAUAUAUAUAUAUAUAUAUAUAUAUAUAUAUAUAUAUAUAUACAUAUAUAGAUAUAUAUAUCAAAGAGAAUAUUACUGUUACAGUACUCCAAAAUUGUCCGCCUUUUUGUCUAGAGAUGCUAGACAUGUCCAUAUGUGGUAAUAGAUCCUGCGGGGCCCUUACGCCUGGCGGCCCCACCUUCCUUGGAUAAUAAGUGUGGCCACUGAGUGCCUAUCUGUUGUGGCGCCCGCUGUGCCCACGCUGACUCUGACGCCACUGUGCCAGACCGGUGCGCCCGAUGCCAGAGCGUGCUUGGAGCUGCUGUUUUGGCCUGGCGCGGGGCAGCAGCUCUCUCAGAAAUGGCCCGACAGUACUCUUGCGCCAGCAUUUGACCUCGUCUCAACUCUCUUAAAACUCUUUUCUUUUCAUGCAAAGAUCACUUUAGCUGGAAGUGGACACGAUCCUUUCACGUCAUUUUUCUUUUUUUUUUUUUUUUUGUUUCCUGGAAUUGCAAGUGUUGCUAUAUUUCUUAUUUUUUUGUCAACAUUGCUGUUAUUGUUGUCUUGAUGAUAAUGCUUUGGAGUGUGUGUGUCUGUGAGCGAGUGUGUGAAGUGUGCAUGAGUUCAUGCAGUGGUCUUUUACAGUAGCUGCUCUUUAUCAGCCCCUUUCCACUGCACAUAUGCAGGAACAUUGGGAGAAAGAGGCAUGUCUACGCCUUUUCUGAAUCGCAAACGUUCACUAUGCCAUGUCAGCAGAUCAUGCUGAUCUCGAAUGACGGUUUAGGGAUUGUUCCUUUUUUUUUUUUUUCCUGGUUGCUUUUACAGAUUGACUGAAUCUAGGGGGCACGUGUAAGUGUAGUUGCGAGUAUUAGACAUGCUCAGCCUGCCUGCUACCUGUCCAUCACUUUCCCCAUUCUCAUGUUCCCUUUCCUUCUGUCUGCCUCCUGUUUAUUCUGGCGCUCUGUCCUGUACUCAUACCGGUGCUGAAGGCGAACAACCACAGCGCACGCUCCUUCUUUAACACUUCUCGUUAUCGCAGUAAUAAAACGCAAACGACAAGAGAAGAACCUCUUUUUCUAUGCAAAGUCCGAAUGAAAGGUACAUGACCACUGUCACUCAAUUACAGCCCAUCAUUUCCUGUUUUUUCCCCACUAGUUACGAGUUUGUUGAUUUCUGAGCAGGCAGCUUCCUGUUACUGUGGCCUUCAGUGUUUUUGCAUCUCUGAACGCCAGUCGUCGUCUUGGUCCCGAAAAAAAAAAAAGCGAUCCCACGUGUCAGAAUUUUCUUUUCGAAGUGACAACUUUGUGCAUGCAAUCUCAGGGCAGACUCAGAGAAGUCCAAAACGUAGUUGUUGUUUUUUUUUCCCUCCCAAAGGAGGGAAUUCAUAUAUUAUUCAGCGGGUUUUGUUUUCUUGCACUCUUAUAUUGCUCAAGACGUAUUUUAUAUUUGGAAAGAAUUAGUUCAGCAGUAUCGGGAAAUCUUUUUAUUCGUGUUGUUUUGUUUUGUUAGUUUUUUCCUUUCCAUGUGCGGUUUCUUCAGCAUGCAUGCUCUUGAUCGUUUCUGCAAUAUUGCCAAAAGAAUGUUAAGACAACUAUUAUUCCGAAAUGAUUUCUAGAAAACUUUAUAGAUUUCCAUGUUUCUAGAUUUGGUUUUCUAGAAGAUGGAAAGGUAGAAAGCAGGCUGGCAUCGAAACUGACGGGUAGCACCUUGUCCCAGGCAUUACAAUUAUAAAGGAAGGACUGCUGCGAAAUAAAAUGGGGAUUGUGAAAUUCUUACCUACGCUGUAGAUGGGUUUUUAUUUUAAGCCAAAAAAAUGAGAGAUCUGUCCUUGUAUUGCUUUUAGGAAACCGAUAGUACAUUCAUGGCUGAAGUGCUUCUUUCUGCAAGGCUUUUAUGGUGCGAAGCAGCUGACUGUGGGUAAAGUGAAUUAAUUAAUGAUAUUCACUUCGGCCUUGAGCACCAGAGCAGAUUUUUUAUUCUUAUUCUUUUUAAUAAAAAAAAAAAAGAGGUCCACAUAUGUGCCAGCACUAGAACUGCUUAGAAGUUUAAGCACCCCCGAUAUUUCAGAAAAAAAAUUAUACAUUUGGGCCAAAUGUAAAAUGUACACCAUAGGACUCAGACACAUCUCUCUACAAAGCAGCUGCACUUAGUUCGCAUUGAGAUCUGUUUCCCCUUUGUGCAAUACUAGCAUCCUGAAUUAUCUGGGGAAACUGCAGCUACAGUACAGUAUGUUCUACUUAUGUGUUACGUAACGCAGAUCGGUGAAAAGUGAUCAAUAGAAAUGUCCAAAUGUUAUGCUUUUCAGCCAGGCUGCACUGCUGUACAGGUGUUUCUAACUGAAAUAGAAUGUUGUGCUGUGAUCAGAAACACCUACAUUGCUUAAAAAAAAAGGAUAAACCUUUAGCAAAAUGGCUGGGAUCUUGUUUAGAGAGUAGAGAUUAUAAGUUAGUGUCUCUGGACCUGAUAGCAUCAGGACAAGAGCACAUGUCAAUUGCAUGGGGAAAGGCCCUAGUGAGUGACACUAGUAACAAUCACUAUUGUCUGUCCCUCUCCCCUUUUUUAAACUCCAGACUGCCUUGCUUUAAAGUGUACUCAAAGCCACCAGACAUUUGAAACCAUCACAUUCACAAGUGGGGUAAAGACAUUAAUUCCCCACAGAACAUUAGAUCAGUGCUGCAGCAGUCCCAUAAGGCUUGUUCCGUCUUUCUGUACCUCACUAAACGUCCAUGACUGUGGAUCUGGUUUAGGACGAAUGCACCCCCCCUCUGUAAUGGCUGUAAAAAGGGAUGGUUAGGGACGGAAAGAGAUCAGUUCAAAGAGAAUUCAAUCUUUUCCACGGUCUUGGGUAGAAUAUGCACAUACUGGUUUUAUGUACACGCACAUUUGUAAGCUUAUGUGUGUAUAUAGCCGGUUAUCUCUUUCCACUUUACCUUAAUGUUCUCUCCCAGGCCAAUGCCAACUCCUAUAUCGAUUUUUUUGCUCUGUGUACCCCAUAUUGAAAGUCUAAACAUAUCAAAAUUCUACACAAAAAACAAACAAAUAAACAAAUGAAAGAUAUACUAAUACUUGAAUCUAAAAGAAGCGCCAAUAAUGUAAUGUGAAACUUUUUGUAAUGAUUUUUGUCACUCAUACACUUCCAAGCUUUUUAAUAACAUCAGUUUAAAAUGAACUUAAAAACAAAAAAAAAUGUGUGGAGGAAAAAAAAAAAAGUAAAAUGACAUCUAUUGUAUGCGUUUGCACAAGGCUGUGUGUGUGGGUGUGUGUGUGUAUAUGUACUGAUGGAUGAGUGAAUGUUAUUAAUCUGUUUGGACAAGUGGGCAAAGGUUUAAAAAAGUGUGUUCGUUCGCACUUGUAGUGUGUUCGUUCCCACCAUAUGGUUUAAUUCAGUAUCUUUACAGGUUAUUUGCCCUUUUUUUUUUGUUUUUGUUUUUUCCGCUAGUCUGUAGUCCGAUUCAGAUACGUAUUGUUAUUAGCUUCUAGCGUUGCACUGAGUGUCUGCCUCCCCUCUUUCAGCCAAUCAUACACCAUGAAAUAAAGUACAGAGGGAUAAGGUGACAAUUCACGUGUUAAUGUUUACUCAAGGACAUAGAGGAAAAAAAAAAGUGUGUUUUAUCUGUAAUAUGAUUAUCUACUUUAUAGUGGCUUUUAUUGCUUUCCUGAAAAUAAUUGAGUAUUGCACCAUUUUUUUUCCAGAUUAUAAAAAUGAAGAAAAAAAAAAAAAAAAAAAGAAACAAAACAAAAAAAAAAUGUGGCCAUAGGUUGGUGUAGAUGGACUUGUAACUUCCAGUGUCUGUUCCAUGCUAAAUUGAGAACGAUGAAACAUGAGUUUGUUACAAGGCUUAAAUCAGUGGUGCCUACUUUUACUUUUUUUUUUUUUUUUUUUUUUUUACCUUUUUGUUUCUCCAAGGCCACCAACAGUUUACAAGCAUUUCAUGUUGUUCAAAGAAAAGGAAAUUACUGUGGGAAUGUCCAAAAAAAAACGAAGAAAAAAAACAAAACGGACAUACUUCCAUCGUGAAUAACAAAAACACUUUACUGAAUGAAGAUUAUUGUGCUACUUGCAGAACUCUGGGAUUGAUCAGUGUUGUCAUGUUGUGAUUCACUUUUUUUUUUGUGUUGUCAUUUAUUGAGUUCAUGGACUAUUGAAGUCUGUAUGUGGGUUUAUUUUUUUUCCUUUUGUGCAAAUAAUUGCUCACUAUCUUGCACAUACAUAAAAAGUGGAUCAUGUCUCAGGAAGGCAAGGUUUCCAGAGUACCAACUCCACACCAUUUUAAUGUUGUUGUUUUUUUUGUUUGUUUUUUAUAAAGGGAAAAAAAGUUGAUUAAGAAAAUUAAGCACUGAAAAGGUUAUGGAUUUCAGAAGAAAAAAAAAAAAAACUUGUUUCUAAAUCCGUAGCAGUUACAUAUUUACCAAAUAAUGGACUCUAAAUGAACUUUAAACAAUGGAGUGCUUUAUAUAAAAAAAAUCUAUAUAUUAAAAUUGCUUUACAUUUUAGACAAAGUGAUCAAUGAUUUUGAUUGUUCAGAAGACAGUAAAAGAGCAUACAAGUACUGUAUGUGGUAAUGUUUAUUGUAUUUUCUUAACAUGAGGUCCCUUUCCUGUUGAAAUCAGGAACAUUUGUGCAUUACUAUUUCUUUUUCUGCCAUUCUCUACUGUGGCAGGUAUUAUGUACGGAAAAAGUGAAAAGAAAAAAAAAAAAAAAAAAACACGAUGUAUAAAAAGCGUUUCUUCUGCAUCAAUUUGAAGGAUUGAAAGUGAGCUGGUUUUUAAGGAUCAUGAUCUAUGCACAAGUGGGGUGUAGAGGUGUAAAGGCCUCUGUGACCCAUCUAAUGGGAUUUGGGGGAAUUACUUUUGGGCUUUCCUUCCAUUCUACUCAUUAUGUUGCCACUUUUUAUUCCUAUCAGCAUCUCCUAUUAAUCGUGUACUACAGUACCAGUACUUUACCAUGCUGUUUAUUCCUAAACCAAUGAGCAUCUCACUCUAAAGCACUGUGGGGUUUUUUGUAGCCUGUGAUAAGGGUGUGUCUUGUGUGUUAUCUUUGUUCCUGUGUUAACUAGGGUUGGGGGUUUGGGGGUGGAUCAGGGGUUCAGGGGUGGGCAGAGGGUUGCUUUUGCCUUUGAAAAAUAUUAAGGAAAAUGCCUGUACUGAGAUUUAAAAAUGACAGUGGCUUUUAAUGUUUCUCUCUCUCCUCAUAGAAUGUGAUUGUUGAUGACAUGCACCGAAAUGUUUCAUGAACAAUGGAGCUUCUUUCAACCUAUUAAUAAAUUGCAUUUUUGGCUGUA